AUGCGUUAUUUCGCCGGCGCGUCCGUACUCGAUUUCUCUCCGUCUUUACUGUUUCACUGCCGUGAGCUCGGAGCACUUGGCCGGAGAUUGGUUAUGACUUCCGUUAAUUCUCAUUCUCGGUCUAGAGAAUCCGGCGGUUCUGAUGACGGAAUCAUCACCGUAGAGGAGUGGCGGAGAUGGGGCCCUGUGUCUCCAUUUCCAUCGGCGGUCAAACAGAUUGUGGAUGAUUUGAAGGUUCUGGAGUGUAAAUUGAAUUCGCCGAUAGAGUUCGGUGGAAAUGGUGGCAAGUUACAGGGACCGUUUGGUGCUUUUGAAGAUAAGAAACAUAGGGCUACAUAUGAAGCAUUAGAUGACCCAGAGAAAAAGUUCAGGUUUUUCUCUGCUCGACAAGUUGCUUGCAGGCUGCUGGGGAGCAGGGGUUAUUUAUGCCAGAAGUGUUGGCUUGCUAUGGAGGACUGCAUGUGUGCAGACGUCAAGCCAUUUGGUUUAUGGAAAAAGAUACGUUUUUGGCUGUAUAUGCAUCCUAGGGAUUUCUUACGCCAGAACAACACAGGGAAGUUAUUGUGGCAGAUAUUUGGCGUCCAAUCUGCUACUCUCUGCAUCUUUGGAAUAGCUGAAGACGAAGAGAUGAUGUGGAACGAGUUUAAGCGAGCAGGAAGAAGCCAAGUCUGUUGCCUCUAUCCCAACCAGAACUCGGAACUCACCUUGUCGGUUGAAAAAGCUUUUGGCAAUUCAACUUCAGAGAAUCCUGGAUCUAACAUGGCAGAUGAGGAUAAAACUUUGCAUUUCAUUUUGCUUGAUGGGACCUGGAACAAUUCAGCUGCAAUGCUCAAGCGUCUAAAGGAUCAUGCAAAGUUAGUAUGGGGAGAUGAAGAACUUCCUUGCAUAUCUCUUGCAACAGGUGCAUCAGCAAUGCAUAAACUCCGGCCACAACCCUCAUGGGACCGGACUUGCACCGCUGCAGCAGCAAUUGGACUCCUAUCUGAGCUGAGCCUUCUCCCACAGCUAAGCAGCUACGGGUUAGACAAACAAGCUGAUGCACUCGAGGAAGCUUUGGUCAUACUGCUGGACUCGCUAACAGGACGACGCUUGAGAAUGGGCAGGUCUAUAACUCGUAAAGUGAGAAACACCAUCAGCAUUUGCUAA